AUGCACCCGCACGGUGUGAUGGCCAGUCCGCAGGAGGUCCUCCCGUGGUCACCCGCCUCCCACCUCACCAAGCAGAGUCUGACGGAGGAGCUGGGGGCACCGGGGGGGGACCCCACGGUCCAGGCGGGGGGCCAUGGCCUCUCGUACUCGCCGCCCGAGAUCCUGGACAACCUGUGUGAGAGGACACCCCCGCAGGCCCAGACCGGCGCCAACUCCAACCAGGCACUCACCGUGACAGUGCUGACCAGCAUCAGCGAGGACUCCCGCCACUACUUCCAGAACAGCAUGCUGCAGCUCAGGGAGCAGGAGGACAGCAGCAGGAGCUCCCAGGGAGCCGAGGACAGGAACGGCAAUGAAGGAGAAGGUGGUGACCACGACGGACCGGAGGAGAUGAAGAUCCAUUACAACCGCUCGGGCUCAGGCCUGGGAUCCGGGCCCGGGGGAUUUCUUGAGGGGCUAUUCGGCUGCCUGAGGCCUGUGUGGAACAUCAUUGGGAAGGCCUACUCCACAGACUAUAAGCUGCAGCAACAAGAUUCUUGGGAGGUGCCUUUUGAGGAGAUCUCGGAGUUGCAGUGGCUGGGGAGCGGAGCCCAGGGGGCCGUGUUUUUGGGCAAAUUCCGAGGUGAAGAUGUGGCCAUUAAGAAAGUGCGGGAACAGAAGGAAACAGACAUCAAGCACCUGAGGAAAUUGAGACAUCCCAAUAUCAUUGCAUUCAAGGGUGUGUGUACCCAGGCACCAUGUUACUGUAUUAUUAUGGAGUAUUGUGCUCAUGGCCAGUUGUAUGAGGUUCUACGAGCAGGCCGUAAGAUCACACCACGACUGUUGGUAGACUGGUCCUCAGGAAUAGCCAGUGGAAUGAACUACUUACAUCUGCACAAGAUCAUUCACCGAGACCUCAAAUCACCCAAUGUCCUAGUUACCCACGAUGACACUGUGAAGAUCUCUGACUUCGGCACCUCCAAGGAGCUAAGCGACAAGAGCACUAAGAUGUCCUUCGCUGGCACCGUGGCCUGGAUGGCCCCCGAGGUGAUUCGCAAUGAGCCUGUGUCUGAAAAAGUGGACAUUUGGUCGUUUGGGGUGGUGUUGUGGGAGCUACUGACUGGAGAGGUGCCCUACAAGGAUGUCGAUUCUUCUGCUAUCAUCUGGGGAGUGGGCAGUAACAGCCUGCACCUUCCUGUCCCAUCCACCUGCCCCGAUGGCUUCAAGAUCCUCAUGAAGCAAACCUGGCACUGUAAACCUCGCAACCGACCAUCAUUCCGGCAGAUUCUCCUCCACCUGGACAUUGCAUCUGCUGAUGUGCUGGGCACCCCCCAAGAAACCUAUUUUAAAUCUCAGGCUGAAUGGAGGGAAGAAGUGAAGAAGCACUUUGAAAAAAUAAAGAGUGAAGGGACAUGCAUCCAUCGGUUAGAUGAAGAAUUAAUCAGACGGAGGAGAGAGGAGCUAAGGCAUGCCUUAGACAUCAGAGAACACUACGAGAAGAAGCUGGAACGAGCAAACAACCUCUACAUGGAACUGAGUGCAAUCAUGUUGCAACUGGAGAUCAGGGAGAAGGAACUCAUACAGCGUGAACAAGCCGUGGAGAAGAAAUACCCUGGGUCAUACAAGCGACACCUGGUCAGGCCGAUCAUUCGCACCAACGCUGUCGAGAAACUGAUCAAAAAGAAAGCCUCAAGCCACAAACCUGGAGCCCAAGGCAAGCGGCCUGACCUGCUGAAGUCGGAGGGCAUUGUGCCCAGCGCGGAGGUUGUCGGCCCGUCGCACUCGCCCGUCUCGGGCAGCCCCAAGAUGUCCACGCCGCCGGGGAAGGCGAGGUACCGCGCCAAACCCAGGCACCGGCGCGGCAACAGCAAAGGCAGCCACCACGAGUUCGCGGGGGGGAUCACGCGGGGGACCGCGACGGCUCUGGCUCUGGCUCCGGCCCCGGCCCCGGCCCCGGCCCCGGAGGAGUGCGCCCUGCAGAGGCUGGGCGACGCUGCCAACUGCGCCCACAACCUCAAGUACUUCGGCCCGGCGGCGGCGCUGAGAAGCCCUCACACCGACUGCCAGCCCUGCAAGGUGGCCGGCUCCAGCCCCGACCUCAUCCCCACCACUCUGGCCACGAGUUGCCGGAGGGGCUCGGGCGGCAUCCCCGGCCAGGGUGCCGCCUGCCAGGCCUGCCGGGGGCCUAAGGCCGAGACAAGAGCGCGGAGAGCGGCCGGCAGGUGCGAGGUGGGCCCGGCGGGCGGCCCGGGCCUCCCUCCGUCGUUGGCCCAGCCUGCCGAGGCCCAGCAAGUGAGCGGCAGACUUCAGGAGAGCGGCGGGCCCACGGAGGAGAAGCACGGCUGCAAAACAGGGUCUUCCUUGGGUACCCCUCAGCAACUCACCCCACCCACACUACCUCGCAAGAUGGGAGCCCUCAGAAAGGAGAAUGGAGACGACUCCUCUGAAGAAGAGGAGGGAGAAGUGGACAGUGAAGUUGAGUUUCCACGCAGGCAGAGGCCACACCGUUGUAUGAGCAGCUGCCAGUCCUAUUCCACCUUCAGCUCAGAGAACUUCUCUGUAUCAGAUGGGGAGGAAGGAAACACCAGUGACCACUCUCACAGCGGUACUCCAGAUGGACUCAGCAACAACAAUGAGGACCGUCUGGAGGACAAACUGGAUGAUAUGCUGUCACAAACUCCGGAAAUUCCCAUCGAGAUAUCCAUGCAGUCGGACGGGCUGUCUGACAAAGAGUCCGCUGUCCGCAGGGUGAAAACUCAGAUAUCACUGGGGAAACUGUGUGCGGAGGAGCAUUGCUAUGAGAACUCCAUGCACUUUGGGGAGUCGGAAUGUGAUUCCUCCGAAGCAGAAUGCUCCGACGCCACAGUGCGGAGAGGGAAGGACUGCAGUUUAUCCACCUGGUGAGGGAGGUAGGCGGCAAGAUCACCCAUAGGAAAAGAACAUAGAAAAUACGGACAAAGACAUACACGAAGACUAUCGAGACUUCCCGAGGGAACAUACUGCAAUAACACAGACUCAGAUACUCUUCGAUAUUCUGCAACAUUCUGUGAUGAAGUAAUUGUAGAGUUCACUAUCAUUUCAAUCAAGUAUGGCAGGGAUCCACUUUGUUGACUAAUGUAGCUAGUGUAAACAUUAACGUUCUAUUUUUGUUCGACACUUCACACUGCAUAAACGUCGAGUAUUCUACAAGAGACGGAAUUGCAAAGAAGAUGGACAAGAUGUCGCAAGUCUUAAAUUUUUUUUUUUUUUGUUUUUGCAUGGAGUGUAAGGCUCAGGGACCAACACGAGGCUGCACUGCUGUUCUGACCUGAGACUGACUGGGUCAGGAGACACCAAAGUGGGCCACGGUUGAUGGGAGGAUGCCCCUCCUGAUCCUCUUCGAUGAAGAGGAAACAGAAAAGAUUCUGGAGUGUACCUGAAUACUUCAGAUAUACAUACAUGAACCAGCCAGGAAGAUCAGCUCAACCUGAUGGCAAAUGGAUCAUGGGACUGGAAGGCACUUAACGUCAAAAUGUACUGCCAACUCUGGGAAAGACAAUUCAUUGGCGGCAUUUGGAAUUGCUGAGGCCAAGGUCAGUAGGGGUUGGGGUAUAUGAAAGAGCUAUGUUUGUUAGCCUAGUGAUCCAAGUGGGGCUUCCCAGCAUCUGGCACAGUACCUUCCAGCUGCCUGGCAAGAUGGGCAGACAGAAACAGGACGAGGCAGUUCUGCCCCUCAAGCCUGUUCUGAUACAAUGUGUCUGAGCCUUCACCUUGGUUGACCCCAAGUUUGUUCCAUGCUCCAAGUUCACACCAUCAUUCCGAUGAUGUUCUUGCUAUGCAGCCGGGCCCUGCUGUGCUAACUGAGAUGAGGUUACUCUAUGACCAAGAGCCUUCCAAAUCAAGGUAUUCAUUUGCCAUCGAUUGUUGCUGCCUCUUUCCUGUCCCCAAACCUGGUACUGGAUCCUUUUCUUCUCCCAGCAACGUGAAAAGCCUUGUCUCGCGAUGUCAGAGGAAAAUUGUGCAGUUGUACCUCCACACAGAAGCAUCAGAACAUCACCGAACCAUUCCAGACUUCCUUGCUGCAGCAUGCCAGCAGUCAGGGACAACAACAGUUUGUCUUUGCUUUUUUUUUUUAUUUUAAGGGCUGGUGAAUUCCUGGCACCUGUAAGUGAACAGGGACAAAAAAAAGUCAAUAUCAACCAGUUGUGGCUGUUCUGGCACAAGUUUGAGUGAAACAAAAUGAGAUUGAAAAUCCCUGUAUUGUCACAGCAAAUUUCAGAAAGAGAUACAUCGCUGUUCCAGUGCAGGAUACAUUGUGUUGUGCAAAUAUUGAAAUCUGCUGAGUUAGGCGGUCCCUUUCAGGCUUUUACUCUGCUCCUUAUCUUCCAUUUUACCGAGAUGGUUUUCAAAUCCCUGGCUUUUUAAUACAGUAAGUAAUCUACUGUAUGGGUUAGCAAAUCACAGGAACAAGCACAGCCUGCCUGUGUCAGAUAAUUCUGUUACAGUUUGUGCUCCUAAGAUGAAAGAAGGAAUAAUGAGCAAAAGUGUGGUUGUGGGAUUUGCCUGUGAUCCUCUGCUAGAAAAUUCUGCCUUUUCUCCCAAUGUAUAAAUGGGUAAAGUUCUUCUGGGCAACAUACAAUGAUGGCACUGUGCCCAUUGAACUUCCCCUUACUGUCAGGUCACCCAGCAAAAAAAAAAAAAAAACAGGCAAGGGAGUGCACAGAUUUCAGAUGUAGAAUGGCAGGGCUGUGACUAUUCAGCAGUCACUCUGUAAUUCUAGUUCCUGAGUUAAGGAUUUGUCCACUUUGGUCCUUGCUAAGUGCCUCUGGGCCCCUGCAACUCUGUGUGUGUGUGUGUGUGUGUUUGUUAGAACCUGCUGCUCUCUGAUACAAACUGCUCGCGGUGUUUCCCUAAGAUGGAUUGGCAUAGCUAAUUUGCCAGUUGGUAAUGCUUCCAGGCAAAAUUGUACUUUGUAUAUUACAAGUCCUGGAAACCCUUACAGAUUCCAUUCACUGACACAUCUGAACCUCUCCAUCUAAAUGAUGUGACACUUAUGCCCUCAGAUUUCCCUGUGCCUAUCAGUGUUGACUGGAUGGAUGAAUAUUACCUGUCAGUCUCUGAGCUGCAGGCUGCUUGUUACUGAUUAACUUAUGAUGUUAGAUACCAAAAAAAAUACAACUUGGUAACCAGUUCCAGGGAUGGCAAGCAAUUCCAGAAGAAAGCAGCACAGUCCUAGUUAAACUUGUUGCUUGGUGAGAGUGUACUGUAGCAUGUGAAUACCAAAUCUCCAGGGCAAUUUGGGGACCAAAGGUAAGGCCCAACCCUCCCUCAAUGGCUGUGGAGUCAGCACACUCCACUAUAAAUAGCCAGAAGAAAGCCAAUCCAAUUUGACUCGUGCUUGCUUUUAUCCUGUAUCUCUGCUAUUCCCUUUUCCCCAUUUUGAUUAUUUUCAGCCAAAAUUUAAUGUAUAAAUUCCACCUCGGUAAAAUAUCAAAACAAGCUAUUAGAAAAGCCUGAAUUGGACAGUGAUAUACCGAAUGAUUUUUUUUUUUUCCGGUUUUGUUUACAAUCUCUAGAAAUGUAGACUCUGAACAUCCUCACUGUAAAUUUUAGCAGAUGUGUAAUUUUAUGAAGGAAAGGUCAUUACUGCCAAAGCAGUAUCGGAUCAUUUUAAAUUAUUCCUUUGGUUCUGUAGCUGGACUACAUCAGAAUUGUUAAUUUAUCAUUGAGGUUUUGAUUGUCUUUUUUUUUUCUGUAGAUCAGAAUUUUGUUUACUCCCAGAAGGACCUUGAAUCUAUCUUUGUGCUCUCUCGGUUCCCAUUGGGAUUGACCAUUCCAGGAGUAGGAUUAUAUCAAGUAGUUCAGGAAAUCUUAAACUGAAUUGAGAGGGGGAUAGUUGGGGCUGGGGAAGACAAUGAGAAGGCAAGACCGAGCUGACAAUUGGAAAAACAAAAAAUUGUUGGAUCAGUGUUGUGGGAACUGUGCCUAUGUACCUCAUUUCCAAUGGCCCUGUAUAUCUUUCCAGAAUAAGGAAAAUGUUUAAAAGUACUUUUAAAGGGUGUAUUCUUUCAGUAUUAUUUAUAAGGAUGUAACAAUCCUUCCCUCCUAUCAAGCCUAGAGACUCCAGCAUAAUCUAUUUUAUUGAUACUGCCCUGACCUUCCUUUCCCAGUUUUCCCUGAACUGACCCGUCAGCAACAACCAUCCUCUUUCUGAACCCUUACCGUGUUGGAAAUGAAGAUUCAUCACUCCUUGUCUUUAACUUGGUCAUUAGUAGCAAUUUCCAAACUUGUGACCUCUACCAGCUAGAAGGACAAGGGUAGUAGGUAUGUGGGAAUUUCCUCCCUACAAAUUCCCCCUCCAAGCCAUUCACCAUCCUCCCUUGGAAAUAUGUUGCCAUUCCUUUAUUGUCACUGAGUCAAAACCCUAAUAAUCUUCCUAACAACACUGACUGUAAUGACAUCCCAAGGACUUCAGCAAUUCAAGAGCAUAGCCUACCACCACCUUUAUUGAGGGCAAUAAAAGCUGACCCAGUCUGCAAUGCCCAAGCCCCAUGAAUGAAUAAAGAAAGUGACCUCAAAUGUGUGAAGUGAAAGAUUUCCAACUGUAGUUGGAAAUCUUUUGUAGGAGGAUUAAUCAUGUGGCCUUCAGUUCAUGUUAGACACCCACCAUGUCCAUUCGCAUGACAAUUCAACAUUAAACACUCACCACUUAUACUUUUGGUAUGAUCCCUAACUGUUCUUUCAGCAAUGUUUUAUCACUACACAAAAAAAUGUCCAAAGAAAACGGAAUGAACAGUUUUUGUUUUAUAUUGCUGGCUAUGGUUUUCCCCCCUGGAGUUCACUCUCAACAGUGUCAGCAAGAUCAAACUUUAGUAAUUCCUCAUGUUAAAAACAACAGAAAAUGCUGGCCAUGUCCAGCAGGGUCUGGCAGCAUCUGUGGAGCAAGACAGAAACAUGUUUCAGGAUGGUGACCUGAUUAUAGUUACAACAUUUUUGGGUUUUUACUUCUGAUUACCAGCAUCUACAGUGUUUUAAUUCCUAAGGGGUUGACAACCCUGGUGAAAUGGCUAAGGCAUAGCCUUUGCUUCCUCCUGAUAUUGUUAACACUUAGCCACCUGCUUAUCAAAUCACUCACCCACCCACCCACCCACACAAGACUCCUGCACUCUCAGCUCAGUUUAAAUGUAGCUUGCAAAUCAUUCCCCCCAACAACCUUGCACUUCUAAUUCACUAAGUCAAUAUUAUCACCAAUUUAGAACUUUCUCUACAAUUUGUUUAUUCUCCUCUUUUAAAAACAAGGUUCUUAUAAAACAUCAGUAAUAACUGGAUUUCUUUGCACUGUGGGCCUAUGCUUGAAGCAUCUGACAGACACACUGACUUAAAUGUUGAUUGCUGCUAAACUUCACACAGCCGUCUCAUGCCUCCUCUGCUCUUCUGGAUGGCCAGCAUCAAGAUCUUUCUCAUCUCUUCCCUGUUCCUACCCUCUGUCCUGCUCUCACUGUUGCUUUCAGUCUCCCUACCUCACUCUCCUCAUGUUCUUGCCCUCUUUCUUCCCUGCCUUACCCAUUCUCUUUACCCUUCUUUCUUUGCUGCACACUCUUGCCCUUAGCUUCACCCUAAUUCUCACACAGUCCCAUCUUUUACAGUGUCAUCACCAUCACACUCCUCCCCCACAAACACAGACCUUUCCCAACCACACAUACACAGAUCACAAGAUGAUUCAACCAGAUCGUUCUCCGAAGUGAAAAACAAUCCUGCCAUCUUUAAAUAACUUGAUAUUAUUGAGGAUUGGAUUCACACAGCUAGCCUUUCAACUGAGCUAUUGCAAGGGUCAUUUUUCAGCCAAGUCUGUUACUAUUCAGGCUGAGAUGAAUAUGGUGAAUGGGGUUCUCAUAUGAGUGCAUGACAAACAGCAACUCUGUGAACUGCAGUCCUGGAAGCUGAUUUGUAGUGCUGUAUUUGGUUUUAGGAUUGUUUCUUGUCCUGGUCGGCACACUAGACAACCAACAACAGGUCCAAGAGAUUACCUUUCACUGAAACCAGAGACCACCAUGAGGCGUUCAAACCUUUAUCCCCAGUGAGCUGCCUGUUUAAACUUCACUUGAUGCAGUGGGUAGUGUUUCUGGGUUUCAGCCCCACUCCAGUACUUGAAUGGUGUGUAUUAUACACAGCCAAACAGAUUUUCAAUUGAUUCACCUGUAACAGGCAGUGAGAAUCCCCUGGCCAGUCCUUCCCAAGAGGAAGCUGCAGCCCAAUAGCCUUCCCCAUCUUAAAAGACUCCACACAAAAGUUCCUGCCAUGUCAUUUUUGUUUGGAGGGUCUGCCAUACAAAUUCCCCAUCAAUUUUCAGCCAUUGCAAUCUUCUAGUUCUGUUCCAACUCAUGAAGCAAAAGCAAAGAACAUAGGACCAGACCCAUUGAGCCAACUCCAUCAUUCAGUUCAAACAUGGCUGACUUCCACCUUGUCUGCUUGAUCCACCGUCUACCCAAGAUCUAUCUUCCUUCCAUUUGGUUUGACUCACCAUCCCAAACCAAAAGUCCUGUUGGUCUGUCUGCAAUUCUCAAUAGGUCAGAGCCUUUCCAGGAGGGAAAGAACAGCCCAUUCUAAACCUAAUGCCAUUCAAACUGAGUGAGGCUGUCAAGAGGAAAUCCAAAUACAAACACGGCUGUCGAGGGGGCUGGGGAGGAGUUAACAUUCUCAAUUAUUAUAUAUAAGCCAUCAGUAAAACUGGAUGGGAUUUUUUUUUUUUUUAAAAACUUGACUCGCAUUCCACCAAAGUACCACAUUGGCUUUCCUUUAUAAUGAUUUAGUUGAUCACAUGUCCUCCAGUUGGUGCAGUUAGAGGGCCUCUUGCAGUUAGGAGACAGUAUUGUAAUUCCUUUUAUAUUAAAUUUCAAGGUCCACCUGGCACCAUGAACUCCAGACCAUGUGAUCUUUCCCCUCUGUGCACAGGAGUGGGGAGGUUGAUCUGCCUCAAUCUUCCCCACCUUUGAGAACAUCAAAGCUGAUUGUUUUAACUGUGAUUAUGGCAACCAGUGUACAGUGAUGGGGAUCAGAGAUAGCAAAACAAAAAAUGCAUGGAAUAAAAAGCCAGUGUACUGUA